AUGGGCACCAACAUGGCGCCCGAAUUCGCCAACAUCUACAUGGGAAUGGCUGAGCACAAUCUUUUGAAAACAAUGUACGACGUUGAAGGAUGCUUGUACCUUCGGUACAUCGAUGACAUUUUGCUCAUCGGUCAACGCAGCCAGUUAGAUCGAAUUGUUCUGCAACAACAGUUCUUGAAUCUCCCUUUGACAGUUAAUUGGCUGGAGCCGCUGACGCAGGACGUUCCGUUUUUGGAUCUUCUGCUCUCGCUCCGCGAUCGCACCAUCGUGUAUGAGCUUUAUCGCAAACCAAUUAAUACGUACCAAUAUCUUGAAUGGGAUAGUGGACAUCCACUUGCAACCAAAAAAGGUUUCGUUAUCGGUGAAAUUGUUCGAAUCUUCCGGAAUUGUUCCGACCAUGAUACGGCGUUAAAGCAUGUCGACUUUUUCAGAUCAAAGAUUCGUCUACGAGGUUACCCUCCGAAAUUAACCGAAAAGUGGAUUCAAGGUACGAUACUUUCUAUUCAGAACCAGCCAUUGUCAGACACUAGACGGUCUAAGGAGACCGCCUUAUCCAGAAGGCUCAAAACGUUCUACCUUAAGGUCAAGUACAACCCAGUUUGGGACGUACAAGGCGGUAUACUUAAGCAACGAAUGGAAUUUAUCCUACGAGAAGAGGGUCUCGUCCAGAUGGGGAAAUACCCUCGGCACCUGAAGGUGCGCGUCCUUCUCUCCAAGGGACGUGUCAGGAAUAUUCUCGAUUACACGAGUUCAAACCUGAAGCGGGUGCUAGACACACACCAUACCAGUCCAUGGUCCCAAUUUUUCACUUCCUUUGACCCUGACCCACGCGAGGAAGCCCGGUACAAGGCUGGGCUUAAUCGCAAACGAACUGAGUUAGUUCGUCGGUUCAACAAGGGCGCCAACGGGCUUACAAAAGUAAGAGGGCAUGUCAUUCCGUCCGCUCCCGAAGGCGAAUCAGAGCUUCGUCUGAUCGACCAUCUCGAGGCCUGA